AAUUGCAGCAUGAAACCCGAAUUUUAUUUGGUUACAAGUACUACUCAACUGUGCAAUUAUUGUCUACGUCUUCAUAGCGCUUAGAAUCUUACCCAUCUUCAGUUCAUAAUGCUUGAUCACCAGCAACUAUGCACAAUUUGAGUUGAUGUUACGUCGGCCCUUUACUCGUUUAUAUUGCUAUAUCACAAUCAGCUGUAGAUCCUGCAUGUAAAGCAAAAAAGGUUGUUCAAUGUUUUAUAGAAGUCACACAUCAUCGCUUGCACUAGAAAUAGGCUGUGAAAGAUUGCAAGCCGUGCCAGAUGGAUAACACUGCUCUGCGCUUGUGCAUUAAGAAUCCUAUCCCUGUGCAGCGCAAAGCAAGCGCGAGUCGCAGUUUGCUCUCGGAAGUCUGUCGCUUAGAGUAAUCUGCCUUUUCCGAGUAGAGUACAAAGGCUAGUAGUACAUAGGCCAUCGCAAAAGCAAAGAAUUGCCAAUGUUCCAUGUAUUGUUCUGUCGCAUUUUUUGCUUCACAUUUAGUAUAUCGUUCUCGAGGACAGCACGGAAGAUGCCAAGCCCUCACGUCUCCUAUGAACAGCAGCAAAGCAUCAACCCAGAAUAAGGUCGUCAGUCACUCGUUUCUGUUCCAUGAAUUUUUAUACUCUGCCCUUAAUGAUCUUGAUUUUUGUAAGAAGCCAACAGAUAAGGCAGAUGGGACAAGGGUAAAAGCCACGUCUUUUGUAGUCCGUCGUCGAUCCCUGAUACAAUUCACGGAUGGCGACGGUCGCUUCUACCUCAAGGUUCAGCUCUGGUGAGAAAUUCAUUAACUGUCCACUCGCGGAUCGAGCGCCCGAUCGACCAAUUCGUAGCAACGUCACAACGCAAUUUCGCCUCGGCCUUGUAGUCAAUAUCGUGGCCUUUUAUUACCUGCAAUCCACCUCUUUGUCUCGAUACUGGCCACCUCUCACUUCUCUGAACGUGUGCACCGAGUUACUCACUGCUCUUCGAACUUCCAGCGUAGCUUGGUUUUCGACCACCUCACGCACAAUUCAAUAGACUUCAAUCCCCACACGUGACUCAACACACAAU